UAUUCAUAGUGCAUUGUAUUUUGUAAGUUAUUCGAGAUUACAGAUAUGAGUAGGCGCUGUGCUUUAAUAAACGUAUUUAUAUUAAUAAUGAUGGUAAUAUGUGGAGUGAAAGCGAAGUACAGAAAACCAAUGAUAAACUAUCCAAAGGACACAUUAUUUUGGGCAACCGACUUUUUUGUUAAGGGUUGCAAGAAUUUCAUCCAGAAUUGUCCAUCUUCAUACAAAAAUCAAGAAAUAUGCGCGCGCAGUUACAACGGCGAAUACAGAAAUUUUGCAAACUAUUGUGAAAUGCAAUAUGAAAAUUGUAAUACAUGGAGAAAUUGGCGAGUUUUUAAGAGAAAUCGAUGCUAAUAAUUUAAUAAUAAAUAAAUAUUUUUGAAAUUUA